UCUAACAAUUCAGGGUAUUUCGAUAUACGUUUGAAUUCAACCAAACUUGUGUCGAUUUAGAGCAGGCAGUGCAUCAGCGUGAAAAACAAAUUUUAUUGGAGCAUCGCUUUAUGUUUAUUAACUUUCAUCGUGCGACUUAUUUGGAACAUACUUGAAAUAAGCCGUUAUGGAUGAGGAGGAAUACGGUCUGUUUGACGACGAUGAGGCUGAGGAAGAGAUCCGGCGUACAACGGAGGGACUCACACCCGAGCAGAAAGCAAACAUUAAGUCCAUCUACGCUAUGAUAGACACUGACAAAUCCGGCGUCUUGACAACAAAGGAGCUUCGAAAGGGGCUUCAAAUCCUUGGUUUGAACCCUACUGUGUCAGACGUGAAGAAACUCGCUGAAAAAUACAACAUCAAAAACAAAAAGGUCAGCCUUGAAGUUUUUGAGCAGAUUAUGGAGGAAGAACUUCUAAGCAAAACAAAUCCUGAAUUCGACCUCCUGGAAGCGUUUCGGAUAUUCGAUCGUGACGGAAAUGGAACACUUGAUCGCGAUGAGCUCAAGCGAUGCUUAACCAGUCUAGGCGAGCAACUAACUGACCAGGAAGUGGACGAACUUUUUGACCAACUAGACACUGACCGGAGCGGAACGUUGAGCGUUAUGGAGGCAUCGAAGUUACUUGCAUGAGUCAGUCAAACGCAUCAUCUAUAAUGUCGUAGUGACAGGAGAUAUCUCGCUUGGAUUCGAAGCUUCUCUCGUCAUAGAAACUGGUGUUUUUCCUCGUUGAUUAUGACGGACAAAGCAUCAUAGUGAUAGGAAUUAUUACUCUUCAAUUCGACGUACUAAUUGGACCAAAACUAGAGUCUUAGAGUCGAAUUGCACCUUUCAUUGUAACUAGAGUUAUUCGUCGGGUACAACAUAAUUGUACGGAAAUUCUUACCAAUAAAUUCGACGCAUACAUCGAACAAUAAGUGUGAGUCUAGGCACCAUCAUCACUUUUAUUAGGGCCCGUAACCCAUCAUUGCUAAUUGAGUUCAUCUCUCUUCGACGCGACUGUUUGUUCUCCGACAAAUGCAACAAAUGCUUAAUAAAAAUGCACCAUCAUAUUAAAUAUGGCAAAAAUCAGUUAUAACGUGGGCUGAAACAUCGCAAUCAACAUAUACGUACACGAACACGUACACUUCGUUAUGGCUAUUUAAAUCAGAAAUAAAUAUAUUGUAUGACAUAUUGCCCCAUUUGUGCAAAAAGGUACCAUGUGACUUAAAAUUAGAAGGCACAUUGUACCUUUUUGCACCAAUGGUGCGAUAUAUUACACAAUGGUAUGUUUAAAUAGUUUGUUCAGAAAUAAAUGAAUCUGAUUCACUUUGAGCUUAGCUGCAAAACCUCAUCUAACUGCAUACAAACCAAAUCUAUGACCGUCAAUUUGCAUUGAAGUUUUACUUUUUACACUGCUUCACACCGUUAUAUCACUACAAAUCCUUUUUCUUUGAUAUCAAUAUUUUUUAAAAAUGUUUUAAAGGAUUUUCGUUUUACGACUAGUACGGUACAUUGCAAUAACAAUAAUAUUAGCAUAGUAUUUGAUGCCAGAAAUUCAUGUCAGGUCAUAAUGCCUCGUUCAUAAUUAAAGAUAGAAUGGUAAUAUUUAAUUGUUUUCUUAUUUUUUAUGGUAGGAGACCUUAAAUAGCUCGAUUGUCAAAUACAAACAAACUCCGUUUUAUUUUUAAGUCAUUCAACAACACCGUUUGUAAAUCAUGGUCGCUGUAUUGCAUCCCAACAUAUUACUAUAUGGCUACCAAAAGUUGCCAGUACAAUAAUGUCGUCCGUAUGUCAAAUAUA